AUGCUGGCCGCUGGAGGGCGCCACACGGUGCUGCUCAGGAGCGACGGCACCGCCGUGGCCUGCGGCAGCAAUCAUAGUGGUCGGUGCGACCUCCCGGCGCUGCCCGCGGGCCUGACCUACGCGCAGGUCGCCGCUGGAGACAGCCACACGGUGCUGCUCAGGAGCGACGGCACCGCCGUGGCCUGCGGCUGGAAUCUUCAUGUUGAGUUCGACCUCCCGGCGCUGCCCGCGGGCCUGACCUACGCGCAGGUCGCCGCUGGAGAGAGCCACACGGUGCUGCUCAGGAGCGACGGCACCGCCGUGGCCUGCGGCUGUAAUGGUCAUGGUCGGUGCGACCUCCCGGCGCUGCCCGCGGGCCUGACCUACACCGACGGCACCGCCGUGGCCUGCGGCAGCAAUCAUAGUGGUCGGUGCGACCUCCCGGCGCUGCCCGCGGGCCUGACCUACACGCAGGUCGCCGCUGGACAGAGACACACGGUGCUGCUCAGGAGCGACGGCACCGCCGUGGCCUGCGGCUGGAAUCUUCAUGGUGAGUGCGGCCUCCCGGCGCUGCCCGCGGGCCUGACCUACACGCAGGUCGCCGCUGGAGAGAACCACACGGUGCUGCUCAGGAGCGACGGCACCGCCGUGGCCUGCGGCAGCAAUCAUGGUGGUGAGUGCGACCUCCCGGCGUUGCCCUCGGGCCUAACCUACACAGCUCAUUUGUGUCCAGCGCUGCUCCUGCAGGUGUCGCUCGAUGGCGGCUCAAUGGUUUUCGUGACCAUCGGCGGGGUGGAGCGAUGCAGGAUCAGGGCGGCGCCCACCGCCCGCCUCGCAGACAUCUACCUCCAGCUCGUGGCCGAGCACCGCGAGGGCAGGCUGGGCCCCGGAGCCUGGCGCGUCGAGGCGAUCCUGCCGGGGGGCCGCCCGCUCAGCAGCGCCGCGGCCGAGGAGACGGUCGCCGACGAAUUUCCCGCCGCAGCCUGA